GCGCGCCGCGCGGCCGGGCCUGUGCGGUCGUUUGCCCGCCGCGGCAGCUGCCCGGCCCGGGGCGGUCGGCGGGCGGUGGGGCCGCCGCACCCUCCUGUGAGCCCCUCGGACCCGCGGCCGGCGGGGGCCCCGGGAGCUCCUCGAGUGCAAGACGCUGCGGGCACGUCCCGGGGGAUGCGGGCGUGGGCUUGGGAAGUGUCAAGCCCCGGGCUCGGUGCACCGUGCCGCCUGCCACUCAGCCUGCCACUCAGGCAAUGAGGCGGAAUUCGAGAGCUGGGAAAGAAUUCAGCAUUAGCCCAGCCCUCCGGUUUCGCAGAUGGAGACAUUCUUCUGGCGUGUGCUUCAAGUCCCAUCCCGUCGGUGCAAGGGAUUGAUUGAUUCGUGAGCGAAUCUGUCUCGGCGGCAGGGAGGGAUGGUUUGCGAAGCAAGACCUGUUGGGCUAGAGAUGCAAGUUUGAUGGCUGUGAAAAUGGAGGCUGGUUCAGUGGUUCGAGCUAUCUUUGAUUUCUGCCCCAGUGUCUCAGAAGAACUGCCACUCUUUGUGGGAGACAUUAUUGAGGUGUUGGCAGUGGUUGAUGAAUUCUGGCUUCUUGGGAAGAAAGAAGAUGUUACAGGACAAUUUCCCAGCAGUUUUGUAGAAAUUGUAACCAUUCCCAGUCUAAAAGAGGGAGAGAGGCUCUUUGUCUGUAUUUCUGAAUUUACAUCCCAGGAACUGAACAGUCUUCCACUUCAUCGAGGCGACCUGGUGAUUCUUGAUGGCUCUCCCACGGCUGCCUGGCUGCGGGGCCGAAGCUGCUGGGGGGCCCGAGGUUUCUUCCCAUCCUCGUGCGUUAAUGAACUCUGCCUCUCCUCACAAAGCCAGCAGUGGCAUUCACAGAGCACCCAGCUCCAGAUUCCUGACUAUUCCAUGGGACAAGCCCGGGCACUGAUGGGACUUUCUGCACAGCUGGAUGAGGAACUAGACUUCAGAGAAGGGGAUGUGAUUACCAUUAUUGGAGUGCCUGAACCAGGCUGGUUUGAAGGGGAGUUAGAGGGCCGAAGAGGCAUUUUCCCAGAAGGUUUUGUAGAGCUUCUAGGGCCUCUGAGGACUGUGGAUGAGCCUGUAAAUACUGGAAAUCAUGAUGACCGUGUCAUUAACAUUACAGUAGAUACCCCGCCAACAGAAGAGAAGGGGCCAGAAGAGGAUGAGGAGCAGCCAGGGACCUAUGGGAUUGCCCUCUACAGAUUCCAAGCCUUGGAGCCAAAUGAGUUAGAUUUUGAAGUAGGUGAUAAAAUCCAGAUCCUGGGGACCCUGGAAGAUGGCUGGCUGGAAGGAUCACUGAAGGGCAGGACAGGCAUCUUCCCAUACCGGUUUGUAAAGUUAUGUUCUAAAACCAGGGUGGAGGGAACCAUGGAUCUGUCACCAGAAAGCAGUCUGACCAGGAUCCCUGAAACGUCUUUGGAUUGUUCCGACAACUCUUUAGAGGUAGAGGAAAAGAUAUGUGAAUCUCCUGACUGUAAGACAGAAAGCUCCAAUGGUUCUACUUCUGAAACAAUCAUUUCUCCCCUGGAGCAUCUGACUCCUGAAUACGAGGCCAACAGAAACUUUCCUCAAGAUGAGAGCACCUCAGGAGGGUCCCCAAGAAGUCCAGGUAUAAGACACGAACAGCCUCUUGCCAGUGUCUGUUCCACGAAGGACCCUUCAGAAGUCAAUGGUGUUUCCUCCCAGUCUCAGGCAUCUUUCCAUCCCAAAUUGCAGGAAAAACAGUAUUAUUCUACUACUGGAGAGAGCCACCCCCACCCACAACAGUACUCUGACCCUGUUCCCCGGGAAGCAAGGACCAGAGACUAUUCCAGCCUUCCUCUCAGAGGACUGUACUCCCAGCCAAGAACCCUUCAAAAGCCCAGGCCUCCUCCUCACAGUGACUCUUUCCUUUCAUCUCCCAGAGUAGGCAGACACAGCCAGUGGAGUCCUCAGCUCCAGGGUAUGGCGAAGUGUGCUAAAAAGUACCACACACUUGAAGAAAAUAUUUCCAGCUUUUUCUUUCCAUCAGAGAGAUCAGAGUUGAAGCCUCGUUCACAGGACAGAGUGCCCAGGGUAGAGGCAAUGACACUUCCACAGGGAGAUGGCACUGUUGAUCUGGAUUCUAAGUUGACGCAGCAGCUGAUAGAGUUUGAGAAGAGCUUGUCAGGACCUGGCACAGAACCAGAUAAAAUUCUGCGCCACUUUUCUAUCAUGGACUUUAAUUCUGAGAAGGAUAUUGUCCGAGGUUCCUCAAAGGCCCUUACCCAGCAGGAGCUACCUGGGAGGAGAAAGGCUUUAAGGCCACCCCCACCCCGUCCCAGCACUGUGCCCUCCACUUCUCCCCAACUGCUGGUAGACCAGAACCUGAAACCAGAGCUACCUCUGGCAGUGAGACCUUCUCGACCAGCUCCGCUGCCUCCGUCAGCACAGCAGAGAAUGAAUGCAGCGCCCCCCAGACCCCCAGUCUCUCACCACCCUACUUGUGAGACCCUAGAAAAAGAGGGAUCUGAGCAGGGAGAAAAAACUUUGGACCCAACUUCCCAGUGUCCCUUGGUAUUGGUGAGGAUUCAGGAAAUGGAACAGGAUUUGGAUAUGUACAACAGGACUCAAGAAGAGCUCAGCUUAUUGCUAGAGAGUCAAGAGGAAUCAUUAAAGGCAGAGACCCUGGAGACACUUGAGUUUUAUGACAGUAACAUGGGAAGUCUGAAUAUGGACCUCCAGCAGCUUCGAGAAAUGACUCUCCUCUCCUCCCAGUCUGCAUCACCAGUAGCCUCUUCUGGGUCUGUGUCUACAGAAAAUCCAGAGCAGAGGAUGCUGGAGAAGAGAUCCAAGGUGAUAGAAGAGCUUCUUCAGACAGAAAGAGACUACAUUCGGGAUCUGGAGAUGUGUAUUGAGCGGAUCAUGACACCCCUGCAGCAGGCACAGGUACCAAAUGUUGAUUUUGAAGGACUUUUUGGAAAUAUGCAGAUGGUGAUUAAGGUCUCAAAGCAACUAUUGGCUGAUCUGGAAGUCAGCGAUGCUGUAGGACCCAUAUUUCUUGGUCACCGGGAUGAGCUUGAGGGAACAUACAAGGUUUACUGCCAGAAUCACGAUGAGGCCAUUUCACUGCUGGAAGUCUACGAGAAGGAUGAGAGGAUCCAGAAGCACCUUCAGGACUCCUUGGCAGAUCUUAAGAGCCUGUACAGCGAAUGGGGAUGCACAAAUUAUAUUAACCUGGGCUCCUUCCUCAUCAAACCAGUACAAAGAGUAAUGCGAUACCCACUGCUGCUGAUUGAGCUGCUGAAUUCCACCCCAGAAUCUCACCCAGAUAAAGUGCCUCUAACUAACGCAGUCCUUGCUGUGAAGGAUAUCAAUGUCAACAUUAAUGAAUAUAAACGCCGAAAAGACCUGGUCCUCAAGUACCGGAAGGGUGAUGAAGAUAGCCUCAUGGAGAAAAUUUCUAAGCUGAACAUUCACUCCAUCAUCAAAAAGUCCAACCGAGUUAGCAGCCACCUGAAGCACCUUACCGGGUUUGCACCACAGAUAAAAGAUGAAGUAUUUGAAGAAACAGAGAAGAACUUCCGAAUGCAAGAACGGUUGAUCAAAUCUUUCAUCCGAGACCUGUCUCUCUACCUCCAGCAUAUUCGGGAAUCAGCAUGCGUGAAGGUAGUGGCUGCUGUGAGCAUGUGGGACGUAUGCAUGGAGAAGGGACACAGAGACUUGGAACAGUUCGAAAAGGUGCAUCGCUACAUCAGUGAUCAGCUUUUCACAAAUUUUAAGGAGAGGACAGAGCGGCUUGUCAUCUCUCCCCUAAAUCAGUUACUGAGCAUGUUUACAGGACCCCAUAAGCUGGUACAGAAACGCUUUGACAAGCUCCUGGACUUCUGUAACUGCACUGAACGGGCAGAGAAACUAAAGGACAAGAAAACACUAGAAGAGCUACAGUCAGCCCGGAACAACUACGAGGCCCUGAAUGCCCAGCUGCUGGAUGAGCUGCCCAAGUUCCACCAGUACGCCCAGGGCCUCUUCAGCAACUGUGUCCAUGGCUAUGCCGAGGCCCACUGUGACUUCGUGCGCCAGGCUCUGGACCAGUUAAAGCCGCUGCUCUCGUUACUCAAAGUUGCUGGCAGGGAGGGAAACCUCAUCGCCAUCUUCCACGAAGAGCACAGCAGAGUUCUGCAGCAACUCCAGGUUUUCACCUUCUUCCCAGAGUCCCUUCCAGCUACCAAGAGGUCAUUUGAAAGGAAAACCAUAGACCGCCAGUCUACUCGGAAGCCACUUCUGGGCAUGCCCAGUUACAUGCUGCAGACAGAAGAACUCCGGGCCUCCCUUCUGGCAAGGUACCCCCCAGAAAAACUUUUCCAAGCAGAACGGAACUUCAAUGCUGCUCAAGACUUAGAUGUCUCUCUCCUGGAAGGUGACCUGGUGGGGGUGAUAAAAAAAAAGGACCCUAUGGGCAGUCGGAACCGCUGGCUCAUUGACAAUGGAGUCACCAAAGGCUUUGUGUACAGCUCCUUCCUGCGGCCCUACAAUGCCCGGCGCAGCCACUCUGACGCCUCUGUUGGCAGCCACUCCUCCAAUGAGUCAGAGCACAACAGCGCCUCACCCAGGUUCCCUCGGCAGAACAGCAGCAGCACCCUGACUGUCAACCCCAGCAGUAUGGCUGUGACCUUUACCUCAGGGCCUUGUCAGAAGCAGCCUCUAGAGGACUCUCCGUUGAAGGAGUUUGACCAGGGACUUCUCACUACAUCCUUAAACUCAGGCAGUUCUGAGAGCAGCUCUUCCAGACACCCUUCAGAUCCUGACACCACUGCCCAGCCCCAGCCCUGGGACUUUGCAGACACCCCCAGAGAUGUUAGCCGGCCCGCGCCCACCCCAAGGAGCCAGCGGAACUCCAGGCAUCCAGAAAUGGUUGGUUACUCUGGAACAGGGCAACAGGGGCACAGCAGAGACCUCGCUAGAGCGUGUGCAAGGGCAGCCCAACCUCUGGAGGACAAAAGCAAGGAGCCAGAGGGCAGUGAGACAGAAGGCAACCAGGUCUAUUUUGCUGUCUACACCUUUAAGGCACGGAACCCGAACGAACUGAGUGUGUCAGCCAACCAGAAGCUCAAGAUCCUGGAGUUUAAAGAUGUUAUGGGAAACACAGAGUGGUGGCUGGCUGAAGUCAAUGGGAAGGAGGGCUACGUCCCAUCCAAUUACAUCCGCAAAGCUGAGUACACCUGAGUGUGUCCUGCCUGCUACGUACCUGCUGCCUGCGCUGUCCUUCUCCUGAAGGGUUCUGGUGGUCCACAGGAAGGGCGCCUGCUCCCAAGGCCCAGGCCCUGUCCACACUGCUUGACCAGGCAGGGUAGGGCACCAGAGAAGCCCUGUUCUCCUUGACUAGGUUGUCUGCUUUGAUGCUCAUUAGAAUUUCUAGAAUUUGGAGUGGGUCCUGGACUUGAAAAAAAAAUCCCGAGCCCAUGAGAAGAGAGGCAAAUUCUGAGGCAAGACUUUGGAAAUGAGACCUUUCCAGUCAGAAGAUCAGUAUUCUGUGUAUGCUAGAAGAUGUUGGCUUUGGUUGUACCAUAUUGUCUGUAGGGUGGCCCCAUGGCUCAUAUUCAACCGACUAGUAACUGACUUCGAUGAAGAGAAUUAUCUGGGAGCCCUUUUGGGAUGUGUCUUAUGUGGAAAGGAGUUUUUCAAGACUGAACCAAAUCUAAUGUUUCAAAGUGCCACUGCCUAGUGCACAUGUGUACACGCAUACACGUGUAUACACACACAAUCUCUAGUUUUUUUAAUUUACCAUUAUAUCACAUUACCAUCUGCGAUCUUUUUUAUUUCGCUGCAUUUCCAGGUUGGCUUAUGAAAAAUUCAACUGUUCUUUCUUCUUCUUGGAAAAAGUUUUGAGGGUCUUUAUUUUCUUUCAACCUUCUCCUGAACAAUUCUCUUCCCUCUGAGGUAUAGUCGCCUAUACUUCUCUCCCUUAUGCACUCUCCCUACACUACAUGGUCCUGCUCCUCUUUACAACUCAGUAGCCAAUGGGUUUUCCUAGGUGACCAAGAUCAGUGUUCCACCAUUCUAUUGAAAGGAUUGGUUCUGCAGUGAGCCAAAACCAGUCCAGUCAGGUGACAGACUGGAUGCUCUCUCCUCCAUUCAAGCAUGCAGACUAUCCACAGCCACAGAACACAGGACGUGUGUCUUAUUUGAGUUGGGAUAAGCAGUAGCUUGUCUUAGAUUUGGAAAUAAGCAUUUUCUGUUUCACCUCCAGCCUCCAUGCUUCUGAGACUAGUCUAAGACAAACAGAUCCUAGAGUGCUUGGUCAUACCUCUCUCUCUUUGGCCUUGGGAAUAUACUUGUUACUGCCACAUGAAGAGUUUCCCCCAGAAAAUUAGAUUUGAGUAGGGCUUGUGUUCUUAAGACCUUCCCCUGAAAUGGAGCCUACUUUGGAUCACCUCAAGCCUGGAUUUAGUCUAAAGAAAGGAACUCAAGAAUCACCUUAACAACCCCUGCUCCUUCAAGUGCACUUUUGGCCUUAGGAUCCCUCUGAGCCGGAGAGACACCUGUUCUGCUAUUCAGAAGGCAGCAGUGCAAGUGUCUUGUGAAUAGUGUUUAUAUUUGCAGAUGUUUAUAUUUAAGUAGCUAUUUUAUAAAUAAAAACAUUUAUAAGUGC